ACUUAGUAUUUCAGAUGAUUUGAAGAUUGGCUUUUUCUGCACAGACCAUGCUACUCAAACAGAUUACAGUGAAAUUCUGCCACUAAAAGAGUUGAGUUCAUCUACAGAAAAGCUAAUACGGAUUAUUAGAUCUCUUCAAGUGGAUUUUGGGUUCCUCAAACAGUUGCUUCAGUUGAAAUUUGAGGACAGUCUUAAAGAAGAGUCUUUCAAUCUCUUCACUGCUCUACAUGACAGGAUCCUAACAAUUGAAAAACAUUAUCAAGAGAUUGAGGACAUCAUAAGAAAAUGCUACAAUCAGCAGUUGGCUGAUGCCAUAGCUGUUAUCAAAGGAAUGUAUAAGGUGGGUUUUUAG